AUGCCGCCUCCCCCGCUCAGGUACCCUGGCGGGCCCAACACGAUACCGCCCUCUUACCACCAGCAGUUCUCCUCCCACGCCCAGGGACAUGGCGCUGCUCACGGCCCACCGCUAGGUGGCAACCCUUCCUACCUCAAUGCCAACUCGCAAAGCAGCCCUUUCUCCAUCGGCGGUAACGUCCUCGGCGGAGUCGGAGCUCUUAACGGAGGGUUCGGCGUCGGUGCGGACACAGGAGGGCUCGGCAGCCAUGCUGCGCGCAUGGGCUUUCAACAGGCCGCCAACAUUCACCAGCAACAACAGCAUGGCCAGGGACAGCACGGCUUCGGCGCCGACCACGGCGGUGCCAACAUGCGCGGCGGUCACAAUAAGGGCAGGAUACGAGAGGUGUGGAAGCACAACCUCCACGAGGAGAUGGCCGUGCUGAGAGACCUGGUGGACAAGUAUCCUUAUAUUGCUAUGGACACCGAGUUCCCCGGUAUCGUGUCACGGCCAAUGGGAGGCUUCAGGGGAAAGAGCGACUACCACUACCAAUGCCUGCGGACCAACGUCGACAUGCUCAAGGUCAUCCAGAUUGGUCUCGCCCUCUUCAACGAAGAAGGCGAAACCCCGCCCGCGCGUCCGAGCUCGGCGGACCUGGCAGACUUUGGCCCGGCCGGUCGACGGAGCGCCCAACAGGGACCGUUCCCUUACGCGUGGCAAUUCAACUUUAAGUUUUCCCUCAAGGACGACAUGUACAACGAGAAGUCGAUCGAGUCCCUGCAGACCGCGGGCAUCGACUUUAACCUGCUCGAGCGCGACGGCAUCGACCCCCACGACUUUGCCAGUCUCCUGAUCCCGUCGGGACUCGUCUGCUUCGAUAACGUCAGGUGGAUCUCGUUCCACGGUGGAUACGAUUUCGGAUACCUGACCAAGCUGCUGGACUGCCGCGCCCUACCUAGCGACGAGGUCGACUUUGAUCGCAUCAUGAAGCUGUACUUCCCGUCGACAUACGACGUCAAGCAUCUCAUGAAGCAUGCCAUCCGGCUGCACAACUCGGGUCUCCUGACGCCGAGCGACCCCAGCACGAGCGAGAUACUGCAAAAGUUCGAGCACAAGUCAGGCCUGGAGAACAUUGCAGAGACCCUCAAGGUUAAGCGCGUCGGCGCAGCGCACCAGGCCGGCUCCGAUUCGCUCAUCACGGGCAAAGUCUUCUUCCAGAUGCGCGAGAAGAUCUUCAACGGCGACAUUGCCGACGACCACGUCGGCAAGGUGUGGGGUCUCGGCAUCCCCGACGGCGGCCUCCUCAUGGGCCACAUGAUGGGAACCCACGCCGGCGCCGGCGGCGCGGGCUCGCACGAGCCGAACGGCCAGCAGCAGAACGGCACGCCCAGCACGCCCAACACGGUCAGCGCCGGCCUCGUCAGCACGCCCGGCGCGCAGUCGCACAACACGAACGGGUUCAACACGGGGCCGAUGACGCCCGGCGGCGGAGGCGGCGUCUUUGGCAGCUUCGCCUUCAACGCCAACCGCUAG